UGCGAGUCUCCAGAGAACAACGGGCUCAUUCAGCGGUCAGGAGCUGCCCGCGAGGGGGAGCGGCCGGGCGGCUAGCGCGACUCGUCCCGGGGGUGGGGCCGGCGCGGUGGCCAGAGGAGACGAAGGUGGCUGCGGCGGCGGCGGCGGCAGCAGCAGCAGCAGCAGCCCCGCAGCCCGGCAGCCUCGAACCCGGCCCCGAGCGCAGGGCUGCAGCCUCGGCUCCCGCUCCACCUCCCGGUGCGCCCGUCCAUGGAGGCCACGGGGCAGCUGUGGCUGCUCUACCUGUCGGCGGGGCUCCUGUCCCGGCUCGGCGCCGCCUUCAACUUGGACACCCGCGAGGACAAUGUGAUCCGGAAAACGGGGGACCCCGGGAGCCUCUUCGGCUUCUCGCUGGCCAUGCACCGGCAGCUGGAGCCGGAGGACAGGCGGCUGCUCCUGGUGGGGGCCCCUCGGGCUGCGGCCCUUCCACUGCAGAGGGCCAACAGAACAGGAGGCUUGUACAGCUGUGACAUCACCUCCCCGGGACCUUGUACACGGAUCGAAUUCGAUAAUGAUGCCGACCCUUCAUCAGAAAGCAAGGAAGAUCAGUGGAUGGGGGUCACCGUGCAGAGCCAAGGUCCAGGGGGCAAAGUUGUGACAUGUGCUCACCGAUAUGAAAAAAGGCAACAUGUCAAUACAAAGCAGGAAUCCCGAGAUAUCUUUGGAAGAUGUUACGUCCUGAGUCAGAAUCUGAGGAUUGAGGAUGACAUGGAUGGAGGAGACUGGAGUUUCUGCGAUGGCCGAUUGCGAGGCCAUGAAAAAUUUGGUUCUUGCCAGCAAGGAGUAGCUGCUACUUUUACUAAAGACUUUCAUUACAUUGUGUUUGGAGCCCCGGGCACUUACAACUGGAAAGGCAUCGUUCGCGUAGAGCAAAAGAAUAACACUUUUUUUGACAUGAACAUCUUUGAAGAUGGGCCUUAUGAAGUUGGUGGAGAGACUGACCAUGAUGAAAGUCUAGUUCCUGUUCCCGCGAACAGUUACUUAGGCUUUUCUUUAGACUCAGGAAAAGGUAUUGUUUCUAAAGACGAGAUCACUUUCGUGUCUGGUGCUCCAAGAGCCAAUCAUAGUGGAGCUGUGGUUUUGCUAAAAAGGGACAUGAAGUCUGCUCAUCUCCUCCCUGAAUACAUCUUUGACGGGGAAGGUCUGGCUUCUUCAUUCGGUUAUGACGUGGCAGUGGCGGACCUUAACAAAGAUGGGUGGCAAGAUAUAAUUAUUGGAGCCCCACAGUAUUUUGACAGAGAUGGAGAAGUUGGAGGUGCCGUGUAUGUUUACAUUAACCAGCAAGGCAGGUGGAAUAAAGUCAAGCCCAUUCGUCUUAAUGGAACCAAAGAUUCUAUGUUUGGCAUUGCGGUAAAAAAUAUUGGCGACAUUAAUCAAGACGGCUACCCAGAUAUUGCAGUUGGAGCGCCCUACGAUGAUAUGGGAAAGGUAUUUAUCUAUCAUGGAUCCCCGAAUGGAAUAAAUACCAAGCCAACACAGAUUCUUGAGGGUAAAUCCCCUUAUUUUGGAUAUUCAAUUGCUGGAAAUAUGGACCUUGAUAGAAAUUCCUACCCUGAUGUUGCAGUUGGUUCCCUCUCAGACUCGGUGGCUGUGUUCAGGUCCCGGCCUGUGAUUAAUAUUCAGAAAACGGUCACUGUGACACCAAGCACGAUUGAUCUCCGCCAGAAAACAUUCUGUGGGGCACCUAGCGGGAUAUGCCUCAAGGUGAAGGCCUGUUUUGAAUACACUGCCAAACCCACAGGUUACAAUCCUUCGAUAACCAUUUUGGGCACGCUCGAGGCUGAAAAGGAGAGAAGGAAAUCUGGGCUGUCAUCAAGAGUUCACUUUCGAAACCAAGGCUCUGAGGCCAAGUAUACUGAAGAGCUCACUUUGACCAGGCAGAAGCAGAAGGCGUGCAUGGAGGAGACCCUCUGGCUCCAGGAAAAUAUCCGAGAUAAACUGCGUCCCAUUCCCAUAAGCGCUUCGGUAGAGAUCCAAGAGCCAAACACGCGGAGGAGAGUGAAUUCGCUUCCGGAAGUUCUUCCCAUUCUGAAUUCAAACGAACCCAAGACGGUUCACAGAGAUGUGCACUUCUUAAAAGAGGGAUGUGGAGACGACAAUGUAUGUAACAGCAACCUUAAACUAGAAUACAAGUUUUGUACCCGAGAAGGAAAUCAAGACAAAUUUUCUUACUUACCAAUUCAAAAAGGUGUACCAGAACUAGUUCUAAAAGACCAGAAGGACAUUGCUUUGGAAAUAACCGUGACCAACAGCCCUUCCGAUCCGAGGGACCCUGCAAAAGACGGAGACGACGCUCACGAAGCAAAGCUUGUGGCCACUUUCCCCGACACUCUGACUUACUCAGCAUACCGAGAACUGCGGGCUUUCCCUGAGAAGCAGCUGAGUUGUGUUGCCAAUCAAAAUGGCUCACAAGCGGACUGUGAGCUUGGAAAUCCUUUCAAAAGAAAUUCCAGUGUGACUUUCUAUUUGAUUUUAAGCACAACCGAGGUUACCUUUGACACCACGGAUCUGGAUAUUAAUCUGAAGCUGGAAACAACAAGCAAUCAAGAUAAUUUGGCUUCAAUUACAGCUACAGCAAAAGUGGUUAUUGAACUGCUUUUAUCGGUCUCUGGAGUUGCCAAACCUUCCCAGGUGUAUUUUGGAGGUACAGUUGUUGGUGAGCAAGCAAUGAAGUCUGAAGACGAGGUGGGAAGUUUAAUAGAGUAUGAGUUCAGGGUAAUUAACUUGGGGAAACCUCUUAAAAACCUUGGCACGGCAACCUUGAACAUCCAGUGGCCAAAAGAAAUUAGCAACGGCAAAUGGUUGCUUUAUUUGGUGAAAGUAGAAUCCAAAGGAUUGGAAAAGAUCGCUUGUGAGCCACGAAGUGAAAUAAACUUCCUGAACCUAAAGGAGUCUCACAACUCAAGAAGGAAACGGGAAAUUGCUGAAAAACAGAUAGAUGAUAGCCGAAAAUUUUCGUUAUUUGCUGAAAGAAAAUAUCAAACCCUUAACUGCAGCACGAACGUGAACUGCGUGAACAUCAGCUGCCCGCUGCGAGGGCUGGACAGCAAGGCUUCUGUUGUUCUGCGCUCAAGGUUAUGGAACAGCACGUUUCUAGAGGAAUAUUCCAAAAUGAACUACUUGGACAUUCUCGUGCGGGCUUCCAUCGAUGUGGCCGCCGCCGCCGAGAACAUCAAGCUGCCAAACGCAGGCACUCAGAUUCGUGUGACUGUGUUUCCCUCCAAGACCGUCGCUCAGUACUCAGGAGUACCGUGGUGGAUUAUCCUAGUGGCUAUCCUCGCUGGGAUCCUGAUGCUGGCUCUCUUAGUAUUUAUACUAUGGAAGUGCGGAUUCUUUAAACGCUCCAGGUACGACGAUAGCGUUCCCCGAUACCAUGCUGUGAGGAUCCGGAAGGAAGAGCGGGAGAUCAAAGAUGAAAAAUACAUUGAUAACCUUGAAAAAAAACAGUGGAUCACAAGGUGGAAUGAAAAUGAAAGCUACUCCUAAGAGGGCCCAAAAAAAAGCUUCCCAGUACCCAAACUGCUCUUCCCCGCCCAACUCCGACAUCUAAGUGGACUUGCGAGCCUGCUCGAUCCCUGAAUAUUAAUUUCAGACAGACUACGCCCAGUACGAACUUGGACAGUUUUCACUGUGGACGCUGACGUGUAGCCUGGGGCUCUCUGGUCUGGCACAGCCGAAUUUAAGACUGUUGGAAUGGAGUUUUCUUUAACUGCCUUAAUUUAACUUUCCGGGUUGCCUUUGUUUUUGGUGUGGCUGACUUGCCUGGGCCCCAGUAGGGCCUCCCCCGCGGUGCUCCCACCCUGUCCUCCCCCUGGCAUAGCUGAAGACGGCACCAGUCACGGUCACUGUGCUGAUAGGCCGGCCGCGCUGGUUGGCACUGCUUCUGCACACCUCCCUCCCCUAGGACCGGAGAGCCGCAAGGGAGCAGUGGCAGCACCAGACUGUGCCCUCGGGUAGCUGUGUUUCACUUCAGAGUGCUACCUUCAGUGCAAUGUGCAAUAGGUGGCGUUGCCAUCCUGCCAUCUGUCCCCAUUUCCUUGACGUGUGAACACUUCUCCCACCAGGUAACAUACAGCUUUCACCCUUCCUGCUCACACACACAGGUGCAACAGACUUGAAUGCUACCUUAGACUUACUUGUAUAUGCUAUUUAUUUUUUCUUUUUCUUUUUCUUUUUCUUUUUUAUGACCGUUUUGUCAUUGACAGGCCAAAGAUUCUCCACUUUACCCUUGAACAAUCAGAAUUAGAACAUGGGAGGUCAUGGGUUUGAAUUUCGUGCAAAAAAAAAAAAUCCUUUGUAAGUUAUUACAUCUCCCUUCCUGACAGCCCUCACCCCCCCUCUUCCAGACCCAAACUGUUUCA